AUGGACCCUAAGGAUGAUCAGAUUAAGACUCUGAAACGGUCAAUGUGGGUGAAAAAGAAUUUAGAUGCUCAGUUGAAGAGCGUAUCUGGCAGGACUCAACCAGGAUUUGAAUCAGCCUUGCACAUAGAGAAACAACUCAUCACCCGCGACACCAUAAGCCAUCACAGCAACUACUAUGGAGGCCUGGGCUACGGCUACGGAGGCUUUGGGGGCCCGGGCUAUGGUUGUGGCUGGGGAUGUGGAAGUUUCCCUGGACUGGGCUGUGGCUGGAGCUGGAGAAGCCACAGAUAUGGCUUUUGCCUCCCACUGUGUUAUGGAGGAUAUGGGUUCUCUGGCUUCUACUAA